CAAAACCAUUUCUUUCUUUCUUGCCGCUCUUCCUGAAACCCUAGUCCUAUCUAUAAAUGCAAAUCAAACUCUCUCAAACUCCCUCCGCAGCAGCAGGUCACCAAGCAAAUCACAGCAAUCAUGGCUGGUAGCGAGCUUGCUUGCAUUUACGCUACCCUCAUCCUCCACGAUGAAGACAUUGCCAUCACUUCAGAUAAGAUUGCUACGCUGGUGAAGUCAGCUAAUGUGACUGUGGAAUCUUACUGGCCAAGUCUUUUUGCUAAGCUUGCGGAAAAGAGAAAUGUGGGUGAUCUUAUCAUGAAUAUUGGCGCUGGUGGUGGUGCUGCUGCUCCUGUUGCUGUUUCUUCUUCUGGUCCUGCCGCUGCAUCUGCCGCUGCUCCGGAUGUUGAGGAGAAGAAGGAGGAAGAUCCAGAGAGCGACGAUGAUAUGGGAUUCAGCUUGUUUGAUUAGGUGCUUCUUUCCAUUGUUAUCAACUGCAACACUUUUGGCUUCUUUAUGAAAUUAGGACCGGCUCCUAAAUUGCAAUUUGGUGAAAUUUUGGUUGAUGAUUUGAGAAUUUCUGACUGAUUGACCAUUAAUUCUUUCUAGUAAUACAAGAAUUUUUGAUGUUUUAGCAUUAUAA